AACAGUACAUAACGGCACUUGAAGAAAACUUUACGUAAAGACGAUUAUCGUAUGACGUGACCUCAAAUGGCCAGAUUACGAUGUUAUGGUAGUUAUAAAAGAUAAGAAAUUCAUCAAACCUAGUUUUUAACCUUAGUGAAUGAAAUGGGAUUUAGAAAGGCAGUUGUUUAUUAAAAGCGUUACAAGCGUAAAAAGGAAAUAUUCAUGAUGAUAUAAAUCUAAAACUUAAUAGAGUUUGAUAACGACGAGGUCAGAUGUGAAACAAAGGAAGUUCAAAAUCAGUAUAGAUGCAGUUAUACAUUCCAUAGAAAAGUUGUCGUAAAUCAUUACGAUUCAAAUGAUGUUACAUUAAAAGAAAUGUAAAUUACAAGGCACAUCGUUGCCAGGUAUAUAUAUAUGAAAAAAUAUUAUUUUUAACAACAGUUCUGUAACUUUAAUAAAUACACACAAAAUGUCUCGCUGUGUUCAGUUUAAAAUAAAUGGUAGGUUACUUAGGAUGCAAAAUACAUUGCUCAAGAGUGUCUUUGGAGGACAUAAGUACAACCUCUCAACGUCAUGUAGGAAACAUUUUUCUACACAAAACAACGUUCCAGCCUAUGACUACAUAAUUGUUGGGGCGGGAUCAGCAGGAUGCGUGUUGGCCAAUAGACUAACUGAAAGUAGGCAGGAUAAAGUGUUACUUAUGGAGGCAGGACCGAAAGAUCAUUCAUGGAAGAUCUGGAUGCCUGCUGCGUUAAUGUAUAACCUCUGUGAUGACAAAUAUAACUGGUAUUACCACACUGAGCCCGAACCCGCUAUGAAUAAUCGUGUACAAUAUUGGCCUCGUGGACGUGUAUGGGGUGGAUCCUCAUCCCUAAAUGCUAUGGUUUACAUUCGUGGACAUGCUUUUGAUUAUGAUCGUUGGGAGAAGGAAGGUGCAAGCAACUGGUCGUAUGCAGAUUGUUUGCCAUAUUUUAAAAAAUCACAGACGCAUGAGCUUGGUGAGGACGAGUAUCGAGGCGGGAGUGGACCACUGCACGUUUCCCGUGGAAUAACUAAUAAUCCCUUACAUCGUGCAUUUAUUGAGGCCGGGAAACAAGCCGGUUACCCUUUUACUGAAGAUAUGAAUGGCUACCAACAGGAAGGGGUUGGAUGGAUGGAUAUGACAAUUCACAAAGGUCUGAGGUGGAGUGCAGCUGCUGCAUACCUCCAUCCCAUUAAAAACGAAAGAAAAAAUCUUGAAACCAAGGUGAAAGUUUUGACUACAAAAGUGUUGUUUGACAAGGACAGAGCCAUUGGAAUUGAAUACGAGGAGAAUGGUGAGGUAAAGAAAGCACUGGCAAGUAAGGAAGUGAUUCUUAGUGGCGGUGCCAUAAAUACACCACAACUUCUGAUGCUUUCUGGGGUAGGGAACGCAGACGAUUUGAUGAAGCUUGAUAUUCCUGUUAUUGCUAAUCUUCCAGGAGUUGGUGAUAACUUGCAAGAUCAUUUAGAUAUGUGUAUACAGUACAAGUGUACAAAGCCAAUCACUUUGUAUAGCGCUCAGUGGAAGUUUCCUCAUAACAUGGUUAAGAUUGGGCUUCAGUGGAUUCUGUUUAAAAAAGGAUGGGGAGCCACAACCCAUUUUGAAAGCGGUGGCUUCAUUUGUAGCAGACCAGGUGUGGAACAUCCCGAUCUUCAGAUACAUUUUCUGCCGUUUGCAUCUAAUGAUCAUGGUAGGAUUAAUGCAAACUGUCAUUCAUUUAUGAUCCAUAUAGGUGGAAUGAGACCGACAAGUACAGGUUAUUUGAAACUUAAAUCUAGAAAUCCAAGGGAACAUCCAAAAAUUGUUGCAAAUUAUCUUACAACUGAAAAAGAUAUGCAGGAAAUGAGAGAUGCUGUAUUACUUUCCCGUGAAAUAAUUGCUCAGAAGGCUUUUGAUGAAUUCAGAGGAGAAGAAAUACAGCCAGGCGAUAAAGUUCAAUCUGCGGAACAAAUAGAUGAUUUUAUCCGUAACAUUUCUGACAGUAACUACCAUCCUUCAUGUACAUGUAAAAUGGGUCAGCCAAGUGACAAGAUGGCCGUUGUAGACCCGGAAACUAGCGUAAUUGGAAUUAAAAACUUGCGUGUUGUCGAUGCGUCUAUCAUGCCAAGUAUAGUGAGCGGGAACUUGAAUGGACCAACCAUUAUGAUCGCAGAGAAGGCUGCCGACAUUAUUAGAGGAAUCCCGCCAAUUCCAAGGUCUAACGCUCCAGUAUACAAACAUAAAACCAUUAGUUAUCAGAAAUGAAGUACUUUGGUUUAGUACUAAUUAAUCUUUACAGUAAUCAAGUUCUUUCGCUUUCAUAUAAUUUUAGAUAUCUAUAUAAGGUAAUAUUAUAUGUCACUUUCAGUCAAUGUUGUACAAGCUUUAAUAAUUAAAUUGAUACAUUU